AUCUGAACUAGUGGUUUUCUCACUUACACACAUACAUACAUACACACAUUUACUAUGGUUCAAUCAAGAUCUGCAACCAAUCUCACUCGAAAACAUUCAUCUGCACUUUUCAAUCUUCCUCCUCCACAACCAGAUAUUUACUAUGUUGGUGUUGAUGUGGGUACUGGUUCCGCCCGUGCUUGUCUUAUCGACACCAAUGGUAUAAUUCUCGGACUCGCUGAAAGACCAAUCACUCGUCAUGAAUUGAAACCAAACCACAUCACCCAGAACUCCACUGAAAUUUGGAAUGCAAUUACCUUUUGUGUCAAAUCAUGUCUUCGUGACUCCGGAGUUGAACCAGAACACGUCUUUGGUAUUGGGUUUGAUGCUACUUGUUCCUUAGUUGCCAUUUCCGAGCUGACUGAUGCUCCCGUAGCCGUUGGUCCUGAUUUCACCGAUGACAAGGAAAACAUUAUAUUGUGGAUGGACCACAGAGCAGAAGAAGAAACCGAUGCUAUCAAUGCCACCGGUGAUAAAUGCUUGAAAUAUGUUGGUGGUCAAAUGUCCAUUGAAAUGGAAUUACCCAAGAUGAAAUGGUUGAAGCAUCACAAACCAGGCGGAAUCAAUGAUUGUAAGUUCUACGAUUUGGCUGAUUAUUUGGUUCAUAAAGCUACUGGAUUGGAAACUAGAAGUUUCUGUUCUGUUGUUUGUAAACAAGGGUUUGUUCCUCUUGGAGUUGAUGGUUCUGAAACUGGUUGGUCCGAUGAAUUUUUGAAAUCCGUGGAUAUGGAUGAAUUAAUUGAAGACAAUUUCAGAAGAUUAGGUGGUAUUCCAGGUAAAAAUGGUCGUUACUUAAGUGCUGGUGAUAUUGUCGGCAAAUUGAAUGCAGAAGCAGCCGAAGAAUUGGGAUUAACCACUGAAUGUAUUGUUGGUUCUCCAGUUAUUGAUGCCUAUGCAGGUUGGGUCGGUACUGUUGCUGCCCAAGCAGAUAUCACCAAAUUACAACAAACUGAAGUCCCAGGUAAGAUCAUCACUGCCUGUGGUAGAUUGGCUGCAGUUGCCGGUACUUCCACUUGUCACAUUGCCAUGACCAAAGAACCAUGUUUUGUCCAAGGUGUUUGGGGUCCAUAUAAAGAUGUCAUGGCUGAAGGUUAUUGGUUAGCUGAAGGUGGCCAAUCAUGUACCGGUCAAUUAUUAGCCCAUGUGUUGUCUAUUCAUCCUGCAUCACAAGAACUUUCUCGUGCUGCUGAAGCUUCCAACUUGUCUAAAUUCGAUUAUCUUAAUCUUACAUUGGAAAACUUGGUUUUAGAAAGAAACGAAAGAUCUGUGGUUUCAUUAGCCAAGCAUAUGUUCUUCUAUGGUGAUUUCCAUGGUAACAGAUCCCCAAUUGCUGACCCAAGAAUGAAGGCCAAUAUCAUUGGUCAAUCAAUGGACAGUUCCGUAAAGGACCUUGCCAUUCAAUAUUUCGCUGCUUGUGAAUUCAUUGCUCAACAAACUAGACAAAUUGUUGAAGAAAUGGAAAAGUCAGGUCAUGAUAUAAGUUGUAUCUUCAUGAGUGGUGGUCAAUGUCGUAACGGGUUAUUAAUGAGAUUAUUAGCUGAUUGUACCGGAUUGCCAAUUGUUAUUCCAAGAUACAUUGACGCUGCUGUGGUGUUUGGUGCUGCAUUAUUAGGGGCUGCCGCAGCUGAAGAUUCCGUCAAGGAAUAUAGCUUGACUAAAGGUAGAUCAAGAAGAGAAUCUACAUUGGCAGACAAGAAAAAGUCUCAAGUCAGUUUACAUACUUAUGAUGACAUUGCUUCACCAUACACACAACCAUCUGCAACCUCCACUACCAAUUUAGCUACCUUGGCAUAUGCCGGUGGUUCCCAUAGUCAUUUAGCUCAAGAAGUUGAUUACUUCAACCAACCAACUGCUGGUUCCCCACUUGCUAAAGUAAGCUCUAGUGCAAUCCACGAUUCUGAAAAUGAAGAAUCUGAUGAUGAAACUUUGAGUUUUGGUUCUAAGCACAAGGUACAACAAGGACUUUCUCAAGAGUUACACAAGAUGAAAUUAACCAAAUUGACUUCAAUCAAUGAACAGAAGGCAGAAGAUUCCACCCAUGCUGAUAAAUUAUGGAAGAUUAUGGAAAAAAUGACUGGUCCUGGUAAGGUUAUUUAUCCUAGUGAAGACAAUGAUCCUGACCGUAAAUUAUUGGCUACCAAAUAUAAGGUAUUCUUGGAUCAAUGUUUCAAGCAACAAGAAUAUAGAAGAAUGGUUGAUGAAAUUGAAAAAGAAAAUUUAGCUAGCGUUAAAGCAUAAGCUGUAUAUACAUUAAAUAAAAAGACUUGUAUUGCAUAGAUAAUUU